UCGGUGAACACAGCGGAUGUCACAGCAUGGAGCUUUCUAUGCACUGUAAUUGAGUGGUUGUUGUACAUCUAUAUUUAUGUAUAUAUAUUUUUACAUUACAUUAUCAGUGUUUGCUUUAAUCAGGAAUCCCCAUGGCGUCUCGGAGACUUUGUGAAAUGGCGCAGCGCCGUUUGGUGUCCAGUGCGGCAGCUGAACGGCUUACUGCGUCUGAAUUGCGCAGUUGGCGAAGUAGCCUGUUCUCCAAAGAGCAAGCUCGCCAACGCUCACUGCAUCCCCGUGUUGAGAAGAUCGAGGUGACCAUGGAUGCCCCAGGGCUGCAGGGAACACUUCUGGUGAUGAACAAGGGCACGUCCACGCCGUACAGCUGUGCAAGACAUUUGACAGAGUGGCACGUAUCGAGUGCAGCUCUUGCCCUGGUGGACGGAGAGCCAUGGCACAUGCAUCGUCCACUCACUCGCUCCUGCUCCCUCACACUGCUCACGUUCAGAGAUGCCAAUCCUCAGCUGGUUAACCAGGCGUAUUGGCGCUCCUGUGCAGCCUUGUUAGGCCAAGUGCUCGACAACGCCUUUAAGGAGGAGUACAGCGUGGAGCUGCUGAAGAUUCCUGAAGUUCCUGUGACCGCUGGUGCUUUCUGCUGUGACGUGGUGCUGGAUCCUCAGUUAGAUUCCUGGACUCCAUCAGAGGAGAACCUGCGCUCAUUAACUCGCGAAGCUCAGCAGCUCAUGCUUAAAGAUUUACCCUGGGAGCCUCUGGAGGUGAUGCCCACUGUAGCACUGGAGAUCUUCUCACACAGCAGAUAUAAACAAGAGGAGGUGGAACAAAUGGCUGCUAACAGCCCCAGUGGUGCAGUGUCAGUAUACAGGUGUGGGGAGCACGUGACCCUGGCAGAGGGCCCCCUAGUGGCCAGAACAGGUCUGUGCAGUCAGUAUGAAGUAACGGCACUCCACACUCUGAGAGAAGGACAGUGGGGUUUACAGCGCCGAGCCCAGGGCCUCUCACUUCCCUUGAACCUCACGGCUCACCACACAGUGUGGAGGAAGCUGAGGAAGAGAGCUGAGAAGUUGGUGGAGAUUCCCUAAUCUACAGCUAGUGAACCUGUGACCACACCCCCUUCUCCCCAAACCACUCCCUCAUCUACCCAACACUGACCUGCAGCUCAUGCAUACAAAAUACUCUUUCAUCUUUGUGUAACACUGUUGAAUAAACUUCACACCAGGGGCAUUUUGUUGUGUUACUUUAAACUUGACCAAUGUAAUAUUUUGGUAUAUCAUUUUGUCAGGUGGAAACAUCCUUGUUGAUUGUAAUUUCUUAAAACAAGAUCUUUUUAGUUAUGGUCAGCUAGAUUGCUCUGACUGUAAUGGCCUGAUCAAGCAGCAGUGCCCUUGUAUCUUACUUUUGCAUUUGUAUUAAUUGUGCUCAUUCUGCAGUGCCAUAACCAGCAUGUAAUCUACAGGAUUAACUAUUAUAGCUAUUGUUGGUAAUCUAGCUCAAAUACUAGCUAACCAAUAUAUAUUGCUCUUCUCUUAUAUAUCUUAUAUAACUCUUAUUUCUAAGAUAUAAACUAUAAAAAGGAUGACGCAUGUAACAUUCUACCAAACUAUCUGUUCAGUAAGAGAAAAAGACCACGCCAUCAGUCCUUAAUCUACACUGACCUUCCACUUUAUUAGGAACAGCAGUAUUUAUGCACCCGUUUAUUCUUGUGUCAGCACCACAGGUCAAGAAGAUACAGGUCAAGAGCUUCAGUUAUUGUCCAUAUCUAACAUCAGAAUAAAGAAAGAAUGUGAUCUCUGAGAGUUGAACCAUGUUGUGGAUGUUGGUGUCAGAUGUGCAUUUGAGCUGUUGAUCUGGGAUUUUCACACACAACAGUCUCUAGAGUUUACACAGAAUGUGGUGGAAAAAUAUCAUCCUGUAAGUGGAGGCUCUUCAGACUGACACAACUUGUUGAUUAAAGAAAUCAGAGGAAAAAUGACCAGACUGGUUUAAGCUAAAAGGAAGAACAUAGUAACUCAAAAACUCACUUACAGCCGUGGUAAGCAAAAAAGCUUCUCAGCAUGCACAGUAUAUCAAACCUCGAGGUGGAUGAGCUACAACAUCAGAAGACUACAUCAGGUUCCACUCCUGUCAAUCAAGAACAGGAAUCUGUGAUUAUCAUGCAUACAGACUCACCAGGGCAGUUAAAGUGGAAAAAGACCAAGUGAUUUUCUUGUCCAGUUUCUAUGAGCCUGUGCCCAUGAUCGCCUCAGAGCUCAGACAUUUUCUUUAUUCUGAUGAUUGAUGUGAACAUUGAACAAAGUUCCUGAUCUGUAGCUAUGUGUUUAUUUGCAUUGUGCUGCUGACAAUAUUUUGUCAUUAGAUUACUGCAUAAAUGUGCAAGUUUACUAAUAAAGUGGACAGCAAGACUCCUAUUUGGUUUGUUUCCCCUGAUUAGUUGCCUGCUCUGGCCAUCACUGUGCUGUCAAACAUUUUUCAAGUCUGAAGCUGUGGUCUGAUGAUGAUAAUAAAAGCCAAUACAAAUU